CAUGGCGGACGUAGCAGUGCUACCUGAACAGCUGCGAUGAUGUGGGACAUUUGCGUCUUUAAAACAGCUGCGCAAAGAAACUUUAUUUAUUCAGAGGAGGAGGUGUGUCCAGCCUGUUGACACCAACUCCGGAUUGUUUCCCCCCAGUGGGCUCUUCAGACAACCAGUUGACUGCCAGCCUUGUCUCUUCUGUGCCUCGUAUCGGCAUGUCCUCUCCAGAGAUCGCCUCGCUCUCAUGGGGCCACAUGAAGGUGAAAGGAUGCUCCUCCAGCUACAAAGACUGCAAGGUCUGGCCUGGAGGUAGUCGGGCCUGGGACUGGAGAGAGACGGGGACUGAUCAUUACCCAGGGGUGCAGCCUGCAGAUCUGGAGGAGGUGCUGAAGAAGGGAAUAGACUUGCUGGUCAUUGGCAGAGGAAUGAGUGAAGCUCUGCAGGUUCCUUCUUCCACGGUGGACUUCGUGAAGCAGAAGGGUGUCGACGUUAGGGUCUUACAGACCGAGAAGGCAGUGGCUGAAUACAACAAGCUGGCUGUCCAGGGAGCCAAAGUGGGCGGGGUCUUCCACUCAACCUGCUGACCUCGCUCCACCAGCUGAAACAAAGGGGUGGUGACUUUUCUGAGCAAAACCUGCACUUUUAGAGAAACUACCUGGAGUUCUACCUGCAUCUAAAAUAAAAAUACCACCGUUUCCCAGAUCUGGGCUUCAGGGUUUUACCUGCAGAAGUGUAAAUCAGUGGCUGGUCAGAUGUGCUGGUUUGUUCUGCAGGAAUCUUUAAUGCUUUUCUUUUUUUAUAAGUAAGCAGAGCCAAUGCAUCAUUUUGCUUUCCUUGUCUGAGGAUCAGUGCAUCAGUGCUAUCAGCAUACUGAUAGCAGCUUUGACCCUGCUGUGGAAAAAAAGAUCUGAAAGAGUCGGAGAGAUCUUAAUUGUGAGCAGAUGUUUUUGGGGCGAUAAAUACUUUGAAGAUCAAAUCCUCUUUUUAUGGGGAAAGAAUUCAGUUAAAGAAACUUGCAGAUAAGUUUUAGAUAAACUGAAGAUGCGGUACUGAACUGGUUUAAAGUAAAAUCUGUUAUUUUUAAUGAAGUGAAAUGUAUUUGUUUGUUUGCUGCAUGAAAUAAAUCAAAGACAUUAAUCUCCA